ACCCUUCUAUUUAUUGGCUGACAAGGAGGAAGUCGAUUGCGGUCAGCUCAAAAAAUAAAGUGGAAAAAAAUACAAAAACAUCUAUUUUUGGGGCUUCUGCGUGCGCCACAAUGGAAGCUGAUGAAGGAACAACAGAAAUCAAAACAGAGACGACCCUCGAAAACCAGGAUCUAAGUUUCCUACACCAAUAUGUGGGAGUGUAUGUGGCUGAUUAUGGCUGGAUCCUGCUACUCCUGUGUAUGGGAGUUUACUUGCUCAUCGAACACCUCAGCAAAAGGAUAUCCAGACAUGAAGCUCAGUCGUCUAGCCUUGCUGAUGAAGAUACUCUAGCCGUGGUGCGACGCCAGGAAGCUUUAGAAGCAUCUCGGAGACGGAUGCAGGAGGCGCUGGAUGCUAAAGCAGUGGAGUUUAAGGAGAAACAACAGGAAAUGGAAGAAGAGAAGAGGAACCAGAAGCUUGAGAUGUGGGAUAGUAUGCAGCAGGGAAAAAGUUACAAGGGGAAUGCGAAGUCUUUAGGCAGUACAGGAGAGGCCAGUACAUCCACCAUGGUGAAGCCGAAGUCCAAUAAGAAGCCUCUUAGGAGCAGCGGGUACAAUCCCCUGACAGGAGAAGGAGGAGGAGCCUGUGCGUUUCGACCAGGCAGAAGAGGGCCCUCUGGUGGUGGAUGAGGCUAAAGACGGUCAGAGUGACACUGCUUCAGUGACCCUCUGACCCUACCCUAGGGCACACACAGACCAUCUGACCGCAGCUGCCAGCUCUCAUUGUCCUAUUGUGUGAAAUAAACCCCGGCCCCAACUCUGCAAAAAUGACCAGACUAUCUACAUUGAUUAUAAUAUAAUGAGUAACUCCAUAGAAAUUGGAAUGAGCUCUUAUGUGUACCAGUCAGGCAGCCAGUUUAGGCUUAGCGUUUUUACCACAAGCAUAGGUUUAGCCACUUUCCAUCAUGAGUGCAGCUGAGUGACCCUGCUGUCUGCAUCUCUCCACGACAGGGUGGGCUUGAUGGCCAGGUUUCCUCUGCUUGACAUUCCACCAGUACUUCUGGGCUACUUGCCAGGUAGUGAUGGGGGAAACCUGUUGUUAGGAAGAGGUAUUGUCCACUAAUUACCAGUAGCCCCCUGUGGAAUGCCUAGUAGCUGAGCUUGUGUAAAAUGGGGUCACUGCUUCUUGCUCUAUUCAACUGCUGCGCACCCUGUAUAUGCAGUGGCUAGAAUAAGCAGUUACACAAAAGUGUGGUUAUAAUGACAAAUCCAAAAAUGGGAAAACGGAGAGGGGUUUAAAAAGGCCAAUGAGACUACCAGCUUAUCAUGAAGCCACCCCUGUAAAGGGUGUUUUUGCCUGUGGGGGUGGCUGAUGAGGUUCAAAUGCCUGUUGUGUGUUCUGGGAUUUUAUUUUUUGUUUUCUUAAUAUUUACAGUAGAGUUUAAGCUUUUCUAAAUGGCAGAUGCAAGAAAGCGAGAUGUAUAUGGCCGUGCACAAUGACCUUGUAACUCAGGGGUGUCAAACUCCAGUCCUGGAGGGCCGCAGUGUCUGCUGGUUUUUGGUGUUUCAGCAUGAUGGAUACUUUUGAAAGUCAUUAGCUAAAGAGUCCACACGCCUUGUUCUCAAGGCCUUAAUUGGCUGCUGAUUGCAAGGAAACCACAAACACCUGUAGACACUGUGGCCCUCCAGGACUGGAGUUUGACACCCCUACUGUAACUUGUAGUGAGAAUUCUAGAUGGAUUACAGAUGUUUGUAUUGAGUAAUGCAAAAUGCUCUAUACUACAGUCUAACUACAGUCACUAGAAUUGUGAGGAUUUACACUUUGUUAGUGCUGCUUGGAUCUAGGAACAACAAUGUAUUUACUUUUCAGAGGUGUUUUUUGUCACAGACUUUUCUUUGAAGAUAUACUCCUUUAGCUCUGAUUCAGCUCUUUAUCUGCCUGUAGUCAAUAUUUUUGUGAUUUCCAGCCGUUCUCAAAACAAUUCCAAUAAAAAGCCAAGUGGGUAUGCA